GCGAGCAUUUCCUACAUUUCAAAUCAAGUUGAGAGGAAUGGAUCCGUCUUCUGAUUACAUACUAAUGAUGGACUUCAUGCCCGUCGAUGACAAACGUUACAGAUAUGCCUUUCAUAGUUCGAGUUGGGUUGUGGCCGGAAAGGGUGACCCGAGUACACCGCCCCGCAUACACGUGCACCCGGACUCACCCGCAAAGGGGGGACAUUGGAUGAAACAAGUGGUGUCUUUUGACAAAGUGAAGCUCACAAACAAUCAAUUGGACGACAACGGACACAUAAUCCUAAACUCAAUGCAUAGAUAUCAGCCCCGAUUCCAUGUGCUGUAUGUCGUCCCCAAAGACGAAGACAUGAAUCAAACGGAAAAUUUUAAGACUUUUAUAUUCGCGGAGACAAAGUUCACAGCAGUUACUGCCUAUCAAAACCAUAGGAUAACUCAACUGAAAAUAGCGUCAAACCCUUUCGCUAAAGGAUUCAGAGAUUGUGAUUUGGAUGACUGGAAUGGAUUGCCCGCUCCAACACAUCCCACAAAUAGCCAUUUAUUUGACUCGUGGUCGACACCAACUUGCAAUCAACAGCAAUAUAGAUCCAACGGAUCCACGUUUUCGCACAUAAUGCAGAAAUAG